CUGCGGCGCUCCGGGGCUCCGGGGCUCGGCUCUGCUGAGCGCGGCUGGGACAGGAUGCGGGGAGGCGUUUGAGGGAUAGGACGCGAUCAAGUGUCAGUAGACACGGACAUUAAUAUGACUGUAAAUACAUAAACAGCACUGCAAUAGAAGUAAAGGUGCCUCAGGAGAGCUGCUUGUCACCUGUCACAUUUGCAGACCAUUGUGAACCCCUGGAACUGUGCAGCUCCUUGGUACGGGAAUGCAGUUCCUCUGAAGUAAAAAAACCCAAUGGAUGCUCCUGCUAAAUAUACUAAAAAUACUCCUGCUCUGAGUAUUUUUAGUAGGAGCGGAUGAGACAUUUGUUUUGGAAAAAGAAAACGAUGAAGUAUUGGUUACAAAAUUUGCAUAUAUGCAUAUCGGAAGAGCGCAUUUUGUGACACAGAAAGGCCGCUCAGCUCGCACGGCAGCAGGGUCGGGAUCUGCUCCCCAUCCCCUGGAGCAGGAACUCCCACCCCCGGCGCUGUGCCCGGAGCUGCGCAGGCUGAGCGGGGAUGGGGAUGAGCACAUGACACUGCCCGGCACCUCUGGGAGCACGGCCGUACCCCAGAAUCGCAUCGGGAGGAUUUUGUUUGUCGCCAGCAUCUCCGGGACGUGGGGAUGUCUGCAUUGGAUAGAUUGUGUCUUGCAAAGCCAAAAGACUGGAGCCGCUUGAAGAUUAUGUAACAGUAAAGGUGCAGAUUCCCUUCGGAAAGAGGAAUAAUGGGACCAGGCAUUCAGGAAUAUCCCUUAUUACUGCACAGAGAGACACAGCUGAGGGAAAACCACAGCCACACCAAUGAAAACCACAAAGGAAUGGUAAAUAAUGGAAAAAGCCAUCCAAGCACCAAAGGACUAAAUAAACCAAUUUCUUAUGCGAAAUCUCCUCCUGGAAGAUUAGGCAAAAAUGUAUCAAGUGCCAUUGAAAAGAUUUCCCACGACACUCAAGAUGGUCACCAAGCAAAUGUUUAUAAGAAGGGAAGGAACCAGCUGGAUGGCAAUAACCAGUCAAAAAGGAUCCCCAGUGUUUGCAGCUCACUGCACAGUGCACAAGGACCAAAGAGGAGUCCUCCAGAAAGGAGGCAAAAUGAAUAUUUCCUGCACAGGAGUCCUCCAGAAAGAAUGAAAAAUGAAUCCUUCCUGCAUAGGAGUCCUCCAGAAAGGAGGCAAAAUGAAUAUUUCCUGCAUAGGAGUCCUCCAGAAAGAACAAAAAACGAAUCCUUCCUGCACAGGAGUCCCCCAGAAAGGAGGCAAAAUGAAUAUUUCCUGCACAGGAGUCCUCCAGAAAGAAGGCAAAACGAAUCCUUCCUGCACAGGAGUCCCCCAGAAAGAAAUCAAAGCGAAUCCUUCCUGCACAGGAUCCCCCCUGGCACAAAGGGCAGCACACAAGAAAACUUCUGUAGGGCUAAGGAUGUCCCAGUUCAGCAUUUUUAUUGCAGAAAAGAACAGUUGGGGAGGAAUCACGAAGAAUACAUUGCUGGAGCCAGCCCAGGCUCUUCAAAAUGGCAAGAAGCAUCUGUUGGUGAAAUGUUUCUCGAUUUUGAAUCGGUGCAAAUUAUUAAAGAAGAUGCUGAAGAUGAUAGUGCCAGUGACCUCUCUGACUCAGAAAGGAUUCCCAUUCCCCCCUCUCCCUGCACACCACCAGAACUCAUCCUCAGAGCUGAAGAAAUCGACCCGCUUUGUUUGGAGCACAUCCCUGAAAUGGGAUUUAAAGAAUCCGAAUAUUACUACCCCGACUUCCUGCCCCCUCCUUUCAACUCGUGGGACCUGAAGCAGCUGGCCACCUUUGCCCACGUGGAAGGGAAAGCCGAAUUCCGGCCCAAGCCCUCGGGGGCCCUGGAGAAGUACCUGGAGCGGCUGCUGCAGCUGGAGUGGCUGCAGAUGCAGACGGUGCAGGGCGAGAGGGGCAGGGCCACCAAAGCGCGGCCCCAGACCGCGCCCGGCCCCAGCCGUGCCCUCAGGAGCCCCGGGAAAGGCAAAGCCUUGCUCAGCCCUGUGCCCCCCAGGCAGGCCGUGCCCCCGGAAGGGGCUGCCAGGCUGCCCAGGGGCUGUGUGGGUCACAGGGCACAGCCCGGCUCUGACACUCGCCCGGCGCGGGCCCUGAGGGCUCCUGAGAGAACGGGGCCUGCAGCAGCUCCGCAGAGGCAAACUGGGGAUGGAAGGAGUGACCUGAGGAAGAAACCAGCUCCAAAACAGCAGCAGCUUCUCAGUCUGCAGCCCCCCGAGAGCAGCUCUAAAAUCCAAAGUGUUGGGAACAUCAGACCCCCUAAGCAAACCCCAGCAUUCCACGGUGCAGCUGCUCCCAUCAAAGGCUUAAAAACACACGUGUGCACAAAUCCAAAGAAAAAUGGCAAUGCCAGCAAUUAUGUUCCUCCUAAAAAACCAACAGUGGACAGGAAAAUAAAAACAAAUGGCACAAAGCAAGCACCACGCAAAUUUCAGUGAAUGUUGAUGCUUCUUGACUGCUAGAAAGCAUCUGGCCAGUGCAGAAGAAUCUUUUUUUCCUUCAUAGGAAGAUCUUGAGAAAAAUGUUCCUGGCACGUGGUUCUGAGUCAGCACUGUUCAUUUCUAUAGAUUUGAUCUUAAGCCAGCAGGAAAUGUUUUCUGUGAAGGCAAAUGUCUUCCAUUGGUCUUUCCUCAAAAAUAUUGAUAAUUGCUCAGUGAGGAUAACAAUAGCACAGUGUGAAGUUUAGAGAAGUGUAGAACGUUCUGUCUGCACCACUGAGUGUUCCUUGUAUUUACCCUGCUGGGUGUGAGGGAAUAGGGUCAAUGCUCUUUCUCCUUGCCCAGGUGUGCUUUUUGUAAGACAGGUUUGAUUUUGGUGUUUUUAUAAAAUAAUGGAGCCUGUUAUCUAUGCAAAGUCAACUGUAAUUCUUCACAGAAGAUGAUGAAUUGGAUUUUUUGGAUGAAAUAGGUUUUAUUUUUUUGAGAAGAAGAAUGGAGAUAAUGUUUUGAAAUAUUUUAAUGCAGAAAGAAUUCUUUUUAAGAUAAAGUAUUAGGGACCAGACAGCAUCAAUAAUGACAGAUUAAGAAAAUGGAAUGUGUAUUUUUAUACCCUGGGAUCUUCACUGUGUUUACAGACAGCUUUCCUGGAAGUUCAUUUUGUAGGCCUUGAUGCUUUUUGUCAUUUAGGGGAAAUGACCAGAUUUCAAAUUGCACAUGGAUAUAUUUGAGUCAUGCAGACUGAGGCUUUUAGCAGAGACUGUGGUCUGGUUUUCAGACCUGGUGGCCCCUCAAAACGUAAGAAACAGACUAUUAAGGGAAGAAUUUAAAGGGUGUUGUAAGUUCAAGUAAAGAUAUAUUUUGAUACAGAAGAUACCUAUUUUUAGUCAUCUGAGAUGACUCUUAUUUAUCCUGUGGUCCAGUCUAGCUUGGCUUCUUAAGGCUGAGGGAGGUGAGAUGGGGAAAUGUCCUGCAGAAGGAAAUUGUACAACCAGGAUUGGAUCCUGUUCCUGGGCCUUCUGUCUUCUCUUGUGUCUGUGAGACACAGGAGAAUACAAAGGACAGUUCUGAGAAUAUUCAGGUGUCACUUGAUCUAUUAGAAUUUCAAAUCAAUCACGGGAGAUGGGGACAGGAUCUUGUUAAGAUGAAAUUCUAAAGAAUGUUUUUUACUUUCACUUUCAAAUCCUGGUGAGGUAUUUUCCUCAGUCACCAGUCCCAAUCUUCAUGAGAAGUGAGCUGAGCUCUGAUGGACCAGAUUCUGCAAGAGGAUCCUUCACAUUGUCAUAGAAAAUGAAAAAGUAGCAAAUACUAAAGAGUACAUUAUGUAUAUAGCUAAAUUGCACUUCUCUUUGUGAGCUCAUCUUGGUUUUAAGAUGCUUAGCUGUUUCUAUCUUUCAUUGUGCCUACCAGAUCUUCAGCUUUGUAAAAUUUCAAAGCAUGAAUUUAUAUGUAGUUUGAAAAGUGAGAAUAUUAAGAAAUGUAGUAAUAGAGUAUUUUACAGUACAUAAAAACAUUGCUCAGGAAUAGCCUAAGAAAUAUUUUUAGUGGUUUUUUUUCCUAGUCUACUGGAGACCAAAUGUGAAAUUUUGAAUUGGUAAAGGAAAUGAAUGUAAUAGACAGUAUUACAUGUCCAGCAUCAGUAUUUGUAAAGUUACACUUAAUAUGAGCUGUAGUUGCAUGUACAUUGAGCUCUAUGCAAUUCAAGUGGAACUGACUCUGAGAUGGUCGAGGAGCAGGAGGUGGCUGUGUCAGAGGUGGUGGCACUCAGGAUGGGAUGAACACCAGCACCUGCAGAGGACCAGCACAUCCCAGGGUUGCUGUUUCACCCUUUUGUUUUGGUCCAGCCUCAUGGAUUUCAGCUUUUUUAGAUGAAAGGUUCCUGCACCCAGUGUAAUAUUUCAAGCUCUGGCCAAAUUCUGCGAGUCUGCCUUAGCCAAGUGUUCCUGAUUCACAUGAGCAGUAGUGAAAAACAGGAGAGCUGCUUUGCCAAUAAUCAGGAUUUUAAUGCACUGUUCUACUUCACUGUUACAAGCUCCAAACCUGAGGUGAGCAGGAUCCAGGCAAUAAUCAGAAUACCAAUUUUUUUUUUUUAAAUCUGUUAGAUCCAGUAAAUAAUUUAGCAUGUUGUUAUAGCAUUGAAUAUUGCUGGAUGCUAAAUUUUCUAAAUUGAAGCUUUCCUGGGUUGUAAGGAGGGCAUGUAGAUACAGGCACAUUUUGCAUGAUCCCUUCUCUAAGAAUAAAUAAACUCCAUUUCAACCAGCUGUGACCAGAGCAAAGGUGAUUGGCACUGGGAAAAGUCUUUUGUCACAGAGGUAGGAAAGUUAGAAUGUAAUAUUUGUCAUCUUAUGGACACCAGUCUGUCAUUGGAGACUGAAAAGGGAAGCAGGUGGAGGUGGUGAUGGCACUUUAAAGGAGUCUGAAAACUUGUUCAGCACUGGGAUCUGGCCAAGUAGGUUUGUCUCACGUGAUAAUCACACCAGCCUAAUUUCUGUCAUUGAUUUGGUACUUCUGACAUGCUUGUCUUUGUUCAUACACAGACACAGAAAUUCUGCGUUUGCCUCAACAAACAGCUCUUGGCUGAGCAGACCUCCAAGGGCUGGGUUUAUCCUGUCUGUGUUUUAACUUCACUGUGUUCUGGGCCUACAGGUGAAAAGAGCUCCUUGUAUGAAGAGGACUGUGCUUUAUAUUUAUUUCAUUUUGUAUUGCUGGAUAUUGUCUUUAGAAGCACUUCUGAACAGAGCAGAAAAAUUUAUUCCAUCAAACACAUUCAGUUUAAAAUUAAUUACUUAAGAUACUUCCCCAGCACCGUGUUUGUGUGGCUAUCUGCCUUUUUAAUACAAAAUUUAGCAAUAUGAUCAUGUGGAUCUAAGCCUAGCACUGGUGAUGCCUCUUGAAGAAGAACAGAUAACUGUGAUGUGAGAUAUUUAAACAGAGUGAUUUAUUUUUUUGCUAGAGAAUGUAAAGGUUUAUUGUUCUGCAGUAUUACCUACAGAACAAAUAUGCUCAGGUUGUACUUCAAAUAAACAGCCAGACUCUGCUCCAAGUUGCAUGAGUAUGAACUUUGAGCAACUCAGUUAUUUUCAGUGAAAUGACCCUGUUAGAAGAUGUGAAGAAACAGAAUUUCACUCUAAUAUGUAUAAACUGUUUUCCUUUAAAAUUGAAAUAUUUAAUAUUUAAAGCAAUAUUGUUUUUCCCUUGCCAUGUUCCUUUUUUCUCCAUUGCUUGCAUCUCAUGCUGAGGGCAGUCAUUUUCCCACCUUGUUUUCAGUGGGAUACAGGAGGAUAAUGCUGCAGGGAGGGAGGGAUGUGCUGAUUCCAUUGGGCUGAGCUGUCCUGUUUGACUCCAGACUCUGAGAUCUGCCCUCAUCCUGUCACUGUUCGUGUCCUUUCUGUGUUUCAUUCAUUGUUUCAGGUAACCUGGACCUUGUAUUUGCUAUUUAAAGGAUCUUGUUAGAAUUCUGAGAGAAUUUUGACAGUUUUUUUCAGCCAGUAUGUGCUUUUUUGGAGCUGAUACAUCAAAUUUCUACAGUAUGAAAUUGCCUAGAAUGCACUAUUUUUUGCCUUAUUUUAAAGGUGUUGAGCCUUUGUUGCUCCCAUUGCAUUAGUGGGUUUUCAUCUGAAAAAUAAACAGACCAUGCUGGAAGGACUGACCUUGAUUAACUGAGGAUUUGCAGACCAGCUUUUGAUGUUGAUAUUCAUGUAUUCUUAUUUAUUUGAACUUUUUGUGGAUAUUUUUGCUAGUAAUUCCUUGGGAAAGUGAUCUUGUCAUUCAAAGGUCCCGUAUAUUUGCUACAAUAAAGGUGAGACACUGCCCUGUU